CCUGCGGCUCCAGGUGCGUUUCCAGGUGCAGGUCCGUGUCCAGGAGGAACCCGGAGCUCCGCAGAGAUGGUUUGUGGGGGAUUCGUGUGCACCAGGAAUGCGCUGGCGGCGCUCAACGUCGUCUACGUGAUGGUGAGUCUGCUCCUGAUCGGGGUGGCGGCCUGGGGGAAGUGGUUCGGCCUGGUGUCCAGCAUCGGCGUGGUGGCGGGGGUCAUCGGGGUGGGGGCCUUCCUCCUGCUGGUGGCCUUCGUGGGGCUGUGCGGCGCCCUGAAGCACAACCAGGUGCUGCUGUUCUUCUACAUGAUGAUCCUCUUCAUCGUGUUCGUGCUGCAGUUUUCCAUCUCCUGCGCCUGUCUGGCCAUCAACACAGACCAACAGAACCAGCUGCUGGCGGCGGGCUGGAACCGGUCCGAGGCGACGCAGCAGGACGUGGAGAAGACGCUGAACUGCUGCGGCUUCUCCUACGUGGACUACAACGCCUCCUGUUCCGCCCGCUGCUUCGCCACCCCGCCGUCCUGCUCCACCUGUUCCGUCAUCCUGCAGCGCUACACCGGCGAGGUGCUGCAGUUCGUGGGCGGCAUCGGCCUCUUCUUCAGCUUCAGCGAGAUCCUCGGAGUCUGGCUCACGCACAAGUACCGGAACCUGAAGGACCCCCGCUCGAACCCCGGAGCCUUCCUGUAAACACCGGCGUUUCCCACAAUGCUGCCGGGCGACGCCUCCGCCUCCCGGUCCCGUCGCCGCCCACGUCUUCUUCCGUCCUGAUUAAACCGUCCUGAACCUGCUCUGCCUCGUUGUCUGUUUACGCUGCCCGGAGCCCGCGGACCUCCUCUCCUCCCGCUUGUGUGGUUGCUAGGCAACGCGUCCAGCAUGGGGAUGAGGAGGCCGACGAUGGAGGUUUUUCUUACUUUUGAGUCGGAGGAUCGACUAAAAACUUAGUUUAGCAUCUGGACGGACUCGAGACACCAGAUCUAGCAAAGCCGGUCCAGAACAGAACCGAGCCGCCUCCACGUUUCACAGUAGAACCUUCUAGUCUAGAGGUGAUGGGACCGGUCCAGAAUCUGUCCAGAGGACAUUCUCCCAGAUUUUUGGUUUGUGGUUUGUUGAUAUAUAAGCCGCUUUUCCA